GCACUGAGAGGGGCACAUUAUUUCACUCACCUCCUGAUCAAGAUGGAUUUACAAAUCUCAGUUUUUCUUCUGUUCAUUCUUUUCACUGCAGGACACUCUCUCAGCUGUUAUGAGUGCAUGGGUCUGAAGGGUUCUUGUCCGAAUCAAAAAGUAAAAACAUGUCCCAGGGGAUUUUCCAAGUGUUUGAGUACAACAGCAGUUACACAAGUUGGUGACAUUAGUGCUAAACUGAAGGUUAAAGACUGUGAUGCUGACUGUGCAAGUGGAUCCAUGAACCUCGGCAUUAUAAAGAGGUCUUCAGUGUGCUGUAACACAGAUGGGUGUAACGUCCAAGAUGCUCCAGAUCCCAGAACUGACUCCAAUGGAAAGAAAUGUUACUUUUGUAAUGGGAAGAACUGCUCAAACACAGUGAGCUGUUCAGGGGGUGAAGACCACUGCAUUACAGCAGCAGCGGGUUAUGGAGAGCAGUCACUAGUUGUAAAAGGCUGUGUCUCUAUAUCCAUUUGUGAUAGCACAACAUCCGUUGAUGAUGUUCAGAAGAUCUCAUGUUGUUCAGGGAAUCUGUGUAACGGUGCUCGGAGCGUCUCUCAGAGCUUCCUGUUCCUCUGUUGUUCUCUGCUCUCCUUCAUCCUGCUCCACUGAAUCCAGCAGAUCUUCACAUCUACAAUCAGACACACUGCACUGAAUAUAGAGCUUGUACUUUCUCUGUACUGUGGUGUUCUAAUGCGAUUGUUUGCUGUGACAUUCUGAUGUGACAUUUGUGUAAUAUCAAGUCACCUUUUUCCUUUUCAUAUAUAAUAAAUAAGGUUAUGCUGUAAGGACAAUGGAACUAAAGGCCAACUUUUAGUUUGUACUAUUUUCUGCUUAUUUAAAAAAAUAAAGUAAUCCAUUUUUAUUC